AUGGAGUACAGUGAGAGAGUGCUGUGUGGGACGGGGGAGGUGGAGCUGGACCCCAACAUCGUGAGUGAAGAGGCUGGAAAACUGUAUUCAGAGCUACAGACUGUUAUUGAGACUCAUGGUGAAAGUGUGGUGGAGUCCCUAGUUCCCAUAUUUGUGUGGGUCCUGGAGGGACUGGCCUCCUGCAAAGCCCAGCUCAGAGAGCGGGAGGAGGAAGUGGAGAGGGAGAAAACUGAGAGAGAGGAGCUGCUGGAGAGAUACCAAGCAGAGAGAGCCCUGAGGAAAGAGAGUCAAGAGAGGUAUCUGGAGCUGGAUGACCAAAUCGAGCAGGAGAGGAGAGCCGUCAGGGGGAGGGAAAAGGAGCGAGAACAACGAGAGCGAGAUCUCGAGAAGAAAGCACGAGAACAAGCCGAUCAGUUGGUGGCCUUGGAGGAGCAGAAGGCGAAUCUUAGUAGAGAGCUGAGUACACUGAGACAUACUCACAACAAGUUGACUCACACAUAUCGGGAACUUCUGGAAAAGAGGAAGGAUUCUGAAAGGGAUUCUCCUUUAAGGAAUCAUGUGCGUCCCAAGAAUGCCGACUUUUCCUCCCACCAGGUCUUGUCUGAAUCCAUCGUUAAUGAAAAGAUUAUUCAAAGACCACAUUCAAACUCUGGUCCCCCAAAUUUGGAUGAAAAUCUCUUGACCAAGAAUGAAAAACCAGUGGCUUUAGCUGCAAAGCCUUCUGGAGAUCAGAUUCUCACUGACAUCAUUAGCUCCACCCCUGAGCUUACACAGUUUCACGACUGUAUGAAGGCGAGCACCCCAAAUAGGUCUGACCCCGAGGAGCCCCUAAAAGAUGAGUUACAGGCUAGUUUAGAGGACCAGAUGAGGGAAUCCGAGGAGAUUAAAGUGGAAGAGAAGGGAGUAGAGGUGCAGACAAAUGACCAGGAGGAUGAGGAGGAUGAAGACGACAGCAUGGAGUGGGAACUCCGUAACACAGACUCUGUAUUCUCUGAACUGUCAGAGCUGAGUCGAGACUAUGUAGAGAGUGUAGACAGAGGAGCCAGUAUUAGAGGCAGCACAGACCAGUUUGAAGAUGUUCUCGCUCAGUUUGAGGAACUGAAAGUCACACAUGAGUUAGUCGAAGCUGCCCGAAAGGCUCUGAUAUCUCGUGUAGUUGAGCUGACUGAUGACCGCUCAGCUCUCAUCCUGGAAGUUGCCUCUCUUCAGGAAACUGUGUCAAGAUUAGAGGGGCGGUUGAAGGAGAAGGAGGAGGAAGUGAAGAGACUACGGAGAGAGCUGGAGUCGUGCCAGUCUCAGGAUCCAGAUGCAAUGUCCAUGCGUCACUUCUCCCGCUCCGAAAUGGCCCGUGUGGUCAUGGAGAAGAACCAGUACAAGCAGCGUCUGUUUGAGCUGCAGGAGGCCAUGAGACACAGUCAGUCUCUCAGAGCAACAAAGGAGGAGAAGUACACAGAGGAAAGGAGGUCAGGUGUUUGGAGAAAAUUCAACCGCCUGUUUGGCCUCACCAAGGGGCCACUGGUACCACCUUCUACAUCUGCAGCGUUCCUCUCAUCUUCACCUUCACUCAGCCGCUCUUCUUUGGGGUCUAUACAACUCUCCUCUCCCAUUCAAACCCAGAAUGAGUCUGCUUCUCCUUCUGUUGUUUCUCCGCGUGUCAGGAGGAAGGAACUCUAUAGAGAAAUACGCUCCUACAUUUGGCGGACUCUGGGAAAGCGACAGAUACAUGGUUGGAGCACACUGCUGUCAAACACACAGUCCCAGGAACCUGGACCUGAGCCUAAAGAUGUGCCUGUCCUGGUCCAGCUUAGACUGCUGGAUCAAAGAGACUCCACUGCCAAGCUGAACUGUGCGGUUGCAGUCUCACCUGAGAUCUCAGGAGAGGCCACAUGUUCUGUGUGGGUGGUUUCUGGCCCUGCCUCCUGCAGUGAUAUUACAGUGAUUGAUCCGGCACGGCCCAACACAGUACUGGAUCAGUUCAGCCUCCCUCCCACAGCCCCUGCCCUCUGCAUCUGUGCUGUGCCUCCCAUAGGUAAAUCUGCCGGAAGCGUAUGGAUUGGAACUCAGGAAGGAAGUAUUCUGUUGCACCGAGCCUCUAGUGACAGGAGGUGCUGUCUGCAGUCUGCGUGUCUCUCAGAAGGAGUUCAUUCACUCACGUACUCCAACAGUCAGGUUGUAGCUGGUUUAGGCGACGGGGCAUUGGCAUUUUUUUCACACAAUUCAGAUGGCUGGAAUCUGCAGUCCCACUCUGUGAUGUCGCUUGGAUCAAACCCUCUGCAGCCCAUUCGCUGUUGCCUCGCUAAAGGUGGCCGUCUUUGGGUGGGAUACUGGAACAAAGUACACGUGGUCGACACAGACAGCAAGAAGGUGGAGCAAACAUUUUCAGUGUCCGAGCGCAGUGAGCAGCAGGUCCGCUUCCUGUGUGCUGGAGGAAGUGGCGUCUGGGCGUCCUGUCGACUGGACCCAGUCCUCAGGCUGUUCGAUUGGACAACUGGACGCCCACUGCAGGAAGUCGACUUUGCUGCUUUGGUCACAAAAACAUUAGGCCAGCCGUACCUGACGCUUUCACCACUCCAGAUCUCUGCUCUGACUGUCAUCUCUGGACGUCUGUGGGUGGGCACAGGAGGUGGUGCCAUUUUCUCCAUCCCUUUAUCCAUAACUUCAGAAGACGCCUCCAUCCCGUACAGUUUAACUGCAUCAGCCCAGCUGUCCUACCAUGGACACAGACAAGCAGUCAGAUACAUUAUUGCUGCACCUGGUUGUUUAAUCACCCCCCCUGGAAGCAGCCAAGUCACUCCUGCUCAGCUUAUUAUCAGUGGAGGAGAGGGCUACAUCAAUUUCCGCAUUGGAGAUGAUGCGAGUGACGACUCGACCGAGGUGCCCCAGGCCACACCACAGCGCUCAGAACGCAGUCACAUGAUAAUCUGGCAGAACCCCGCUCCCUCUGUGCCCAGCCCUGCACUCUGA